GCAGGGUAACGAACUGGGAGAAACGACAAUGACGGCGGCAAUUCGUACAACAUUAGGUACGAGUUGGUAUAUUCCUUCCAUGACGGAUCCGGCUGACGGAAAAGAGCGUUCCGCUUGUCCUUCGAUAAAGGAAAGUAGUGCCGAUGGAGUGUCACUGUGCUUCCCCCGCGAAAUCUCAGUUGCUGCAUCUACGAAGCCGGAAUGGGGACGCCUGCGCUCCUCCUCUUCCUGGUGAUCGUUCUCGCCGCCAAAUCGGAUUGCCGAGGCCAUCAUGAGGCGCCGUCGCUUUGGCAAAACCCCCUUCGAUUCUCCGCCGACUCGGCGUUCAAGAUCGCUCUCUUCGCCGAUCUCCACUACGGCGAGAACGCGUGGACCGACUGGGGCCCCGCGCAGGACGACAACUCCGACCGGGUCAUGUCGGCUGUGCUCGAUACGGAGAUCCCAGAUUUUGUGAUCUAUUUGGGGGAUGUCAUCACUGCAAACAACCUUCCUAUUGCUAAUGCAACCUUGUACUGGGAUAGGGCACUUUCUUCUUCUAGAAGCAGAGGAAUCCCUUGGUCUACUGUGUUUGGCAACCAUGAUGAUGCUCCAUUUGAAUGGCCAUCUGAAUGGUUUUCAGCCACUGGAAUUCCACAAGUCAUUUGUCCAUGUGCAAAUAUCUCGUUUUCAGAUGGAGAAGUGGAUGAUACAGUUUUGAGCGAUUGCAACUUUAAGGGAACAACACGAGUCAAGUUGAUCAGUGCUGAGAUUAACAAUAAUAGGUUGUCUUAUUCAAUCAGUGGUCCAAAAAACCUUUGGCCUAGUGUUUCCAAUUAUGUGCUGCAAGUAUCUUCAUCCAAAGAUCCAAAACUACCAGCUGUUUUCCUUUACUUCCUUGAUUCUGGUGGUGGUUCAUACCCAGAAGUAGUAUCUAAUGCUCAAGCUGAAUGGUUCUUGAGGCAAUCACAGAAGAUCAACCCAGAUGCAAGCAUUCCUGAGAUUAUCUUUUGGCAUAUACCAAGCACAGCAUAUAAGAAAGUAGCUCCCAUGCCUAUUUUUGGAAUACAUAAACCAUGUGUUGGUUCCAUCAACAAGGAAAGAGUGGCUCCACAGGAAGCUGAAUGGGGGAUCAUGGAUAUAUUUGUAGAUAGGCCUUCCAUUAAGGCAGUCUUUGCUGGCCACAACCAUGGAUUGGAUUGGUGCUGCCCUUACAAGAACCUUUGGUUGUGCUUUGCUCGCCACACCGGUUACGGUGGCUAUGGCGACUGGCCAAGAGGAUCGAGGAUUCUCUCCAUGACCGAACAGCCAUUGUCCAUCGAGUCUUGGAUACGGAUGGAGGACGGAACUAAGCAUAGCCAUGUCACCUUGAGCUCCUAAACUGCUCAAAUGUAUCAAAGGAUUAUGAACAAGUAUCUGACAGCACUUAAUUCUUUAAGAGAAAACACAAUGUUUGUGUCAGUAAUAUAUAAUGGCAUGUGGCUAGUGAUGCAUGUAUAGCUUUUUUAUUAUUUGGCAGCAUCGUCUCAUUGUCAGUUGUUGGUGGAUAAAAAUAUAUAGUAGUAAUGUAGGUAUAGUUUUUUUU